GCAGCAACUCCGUGGAGGCAAGUCCAAGAAAGGUGGAGACUCCUGCUCAACUUCCUGCACAAUAAUCUUAAAGCACCACCAAGAGAGAUCUGGGGAGGCUGCUGCUGGGGCAAGGACGAAUGGAUAUACGGAGUACUUGACUUCUUUUACGGCGGUACAUCGGCGAAAAUAACCCACUUUACGGGUGAUUUUAUACAUCUACCUGGCUAGUAGCUAGCUAGCAGAGAAGCUGCUGGAUAAGAGACCCCGACGUUUGGUGGCGAGGCAGUGCGAAGGACAGGAAUGGAGGUUGUGGUUGAGUAUGAGUACGAGGCGCUCCAGGAGGAUGAGCUAACGCUGCGGCUAGGUGACGUGAUUAAGAAUGUGCGCUACAUCGAGGAGGACGGCUGGAUGGAGGGGGAUCUCAACGGGAAGAGGGGCCUCUUCCCAGACAACUUUGUUAAGGAAAUGAAGAAGGACUCCAAAGAGGUCAAGGAGACAAAAAAUGAACCAAAAGAGGAGCCCAGUGUGCUACAGAAGAGGGAGAGAAGUUCAGGGAAUGUGGCCAACCUGGUUCAGAGGAUGAGCACUAUUGGCAUCCCGACGGGCGGCUUCCAGCCUCAACCUCCUCAGCCUCCAGCAGCAGCAAGGAAACCGAAGAAGAGGCAGUGCAAGGUACUGUUUGAGUAUCAGCCACAGAAUGAAGAUGAAUUGGAGCUCAAAGUGGGAGACAUCUUAGACAUCACAGAAGAGGUGGAAGAGGGUUGGUGGAGCGGCAUGCUCAAUGGCAAAUCAGGACUCUUCCCCUCCAACUUUGUCAAAGAGCUGGAUGCCAUGGGAGAGGACGCAGAUUCAAAUGACACUGCAGCAGAUGAGACUGACGGAAGUGUAGUGGACAGCGUCACCACUCCAACAUCACCACAGCCUGCCUCAGGGAAUGGAGCAAUCGCACAGCCCAAGAAGAUCCGUGGAGUCGGUUUCGGAGAUAUUUUCAGAGAAGGUUCAGUCAAGCUAAAGGUCCGACUACCAAGCCCCGAGUUAGAGGAAAAGAAGGACAAACCAAUCCCAUCAUUACCAUCUGCUGCAAAGCCUGCCCAUCCCAACACAACAGACUUGCAGAAAGGAGACGGAGACGGCAAAUCCAAAGCAAAAGAGUACUGCAAAGUCACCUUUGCUUUCGAGGCUACGAAUGAGGACGAGUUGACUCUGAAAGAGGGAGAGACCAUUCACAUACUGAGCAAGGACACAGGAGAACCCGGCUGGUGGCGAGGGGAGAUUGGAGGCAAAGAAGGCGUCUUCCCUGACAACUUCGUGGUGAUGCUGACUGAAAUAGAGAAAGAGAAGGAGAUUCCCAUGUCGAGGGGGUCAGUGAAGGCCUCCCCGAAGCAGGACACAGAGGAGAAACCGAGGAAACCCCCUCCGCCAUCAAAAAGCAUCGGGCCCAAGCCAGAGGUUCCCAGCGCAGACAAGAAGCCUCAUCCCAUCAGGCCAGAGGACAAAGUUGACAAACCCACACCAGAUCACAAACCCAAGCCUGCAGCACCGGUGGUUCCGCCCAAGAAGCCUGUGCCCCCUCCAGGGAAAGGCAGACCGGGAAGCCUUCCACCGAAGAGGCCCGACAAGCCCCUCACUCCUUCAUCAAACCUAAAGCACAAUGGAGAGGUGCCUUCCAUACGACCAAAGUCCGACUUUGAGCCAUUACCACCCACCAAACCCAAAACCCUCUCUGGGGACUGGGGGGAGAAGUCCUCAGAUACAGAUCUGAUGAGUUUUGAUGACUUGUCGUCUACCUCAGAGAAGCUAUCUCACCCCACUGCUAACAGACCAAAGAUGCCUGGUAGGAGACUGCCCGCCCAGUUUGGUGGAGGACAUUCGCCUAACAAAGAACUGAGUGUGGAGAAAUCCUUCAAGGCUGAAGAAGAGGAUGGAGCCAAACCAAAGCUAUCAGAAACCAGAAAGCCUUCGGCAAACACCAUAUCCCAAUCAUCACCACUCUUCAAGACCAGCGUUCCCAGCACAGAGACAAAGCCCACCCCCACAGCCCCAACGUCCGGCUUAGAUGCCAUCCCCCAGAGCAGCAGGGGUCAGACAGUGGAGUCCGAUGAUACAAGUGCCCAGCUAGAUGAGCUGAGGAGCCAGAUGAAGGAGCUGCUGCUGUCCGUGGAGCUGCUCAAAGUCCAGCAAAUGAAAGAAAUAGCUGAGCUGCGAGGAGAGCUGGAUGAGGAGAGGCUAAAGCGUGUGGCGCUGCAGAUGGAGAUCGAGAAGCUGAAGCGGAACGUCCACUCGACGUGAAGACGCCGCUCCAAUCAACAGCAAGCCUCAAGGUCAGCCGCCAGCCCGUCGACCAACACCCAGGGAGCUGGAGGGGGGUGACGGACAGACGGACAGACACAUAGUUGAGACCGAGAGAGGAAGGGGGGCGGGACUCGGACCGAACCACCUCGAGCACAGUCCUUUUCAGUGAUCUGCAGAAAUAAACUCUCCCUGUAUUUGUAAGAUUUACAUUUUGCACAUAUAAUUUUUUUCAAGCUAGAUGUAAUUAAAUUACAGAUGUAUAUGUUUCUUUUUUUUUUUUUUGCCAACACACACAAAAACAAACAAACAAAUGGAGGCCUUACUUCAGACUACUGCGCUGGACUCUCCCCUUCACUCAUACUACUGACUGUAUAAAACAGGGGGCGCUUGUUUCCUCCACCUGGUUUUCUUUCCGAUUCUUUUCUUUCUUUCUUUCUUUCUUUCUUUCUUUCUUUCUUUCUUUCUUUCUUUUUAAGAUGCACUCAGUUGAUUUUAAGAAUGACAAACUGAUUUCAGUUAACAUCCUCACAGUGUUUUUCUUUGAGGCCUGGCAGCAGUACUCGACUCCACAGCUACAGCACUUCAGAGAGAGCUCUGCUUUAAUGUUACUUUGUCUUUUUUUGUUUUUUUGUUUUUUUAAAUAUGUUUUCUAGGAUUCCUAUCCAGGGUAACACUACUGUGCCUGUUUAAAAAAUAUAUAACAAGAAAAAAAAUCAAACAAAAAUCUAUUAAGUGUUUGUAAUGGGAGCUUAUAUUUACCAAGAUGGUGUCUGGAAACUCUCAGCAUGAUAUUGUAUAUCUCUAUUUUUUAAGUCUACUGACAACGCCUUGUGGAAUUCUAUAUUGAGGGCCUCUUCUAUGCUGGUCUCUUCUAUUUUUGUCAGACUGUUUCAGCUACUGGGAAUGUUCUCAGAAGUUUAGCCACAAUUCACACACGACAAGUAAAAACUCCUAUCAGUGAAAAGUGCAGCCCCAGUAUGAUCAUCUCUGCAUUGUUGUCUGUCUUGUCUCAAUCAGGUCAUCAUCUCUAUAACCUCAUGAUCCCAUUUUACCUCUCGUCUCCCUAUUUUUUCUUUCUUUUUUUUUCUCCGUUUGAGUUGAAAUUUUUUUAAGUCAUUAAUCUGCUUUGUAUUUCUGCUCAGUCAUGUCAUGCACUCAGUCUGUUCUCUAUGUUUUGUGUCUCUCAUGUCCACAUUUCUUCCUACAUUCCGCAGUUCAUCGUAACUGGAAGCACUGGAAUCAUACAAAAAAACAGUACCAAACUCAUCUUCUUCAUUCUUAAGAGUGUUAAAGCCCCUGGGUGUUUGUGGGAUUCUGACAACUCUCAAAUUAGAGCAGCAGUGAUUCAUCAAUGAGUGGGGUUAUUAUGGAUGAAAACUUGCAGUGCAAAAAAUUAAUUUGUUGACAGAAAAGAGUUUAACGAAGUGAAAACUAGAUAAAAGCUGUAAAAUAGACAAUGCAGCACAAACUAAAAUUUAAAAUUUUAGUACAAAUCUCAGUUUUUGGUUUUCCGAUGAAAGUUUGGGAAGUUGCUAAACUCGACAUAAACUACACUUGCCUUUAAAAUAAAAAAUGUCUUUUCCACGUGUAAAAACUAAACAAAAAUAUAUCAAAUAAAUAUAUAAUUUUCUAAUUGAAGCUUCUUAAAUGUUGAUAUUUUCUGGUGUCUUCAUCUCUGACGGUAAACUUUCUUUGGUUUGUGAAUCAAACAAGACAUUCAACGCCAACUUUAGGCUUUCGCAACCACUCAUUGAAAUCUUUCACCAUUUAUGAAAUCAAUCAGUUAUUAAUUAUCAAUAAUCAUCUGUUACAACUGUACUUCAAAUUAAAAGCAGUGAUUGUAAAUAAGAUUUGCAUAAAUGGGAGCAUCAUUUUAGCUGUAUUGGUAGCCUGCCUCUUGGUUCCAAAUGAAAUGAAAUGUACAGACAUGAAUUGUCAGAGGAGAAGUCACACCAGCUCUGCCUUAUCUUGGUCAUUGGGAAUUUGGAAGCCUUUUGUGACUUGCAGAAAUUAUGGAAACCCCAUUAACCUUUCCUAUCUUCUUUGGAACAAUAUUAGCGUAUAGCUGGUACCUAGGCUGUAAACCACAGACUGUAAAUAAAGAUGAUGUGUCACUUCUCUGUAAAUGUGAAGCAAAUGUAGAAGCAUCUUGAAGUGUAAUACCACUGAUGGCCACUAGAUGCUGCCUUAUAGACUUUCAUUGAACUUGUGUCUAGAAAUAUAAAAACAUUUUCCAUCAUCAUUCUGGUCUAUGAUAAAACCAUAGAGCUGUGAUAGCAGCAUCAUUGACAGCUCAGCCUGCCUAAUUUCAGAGCUUCUGUCUAUUGAGUAAAAUUAAUUCCAUGUGUUUCUGAGGUACACUGGAACUAUGUAUAUAUAUUUCAAAAGAAAAAAACACGGGAUGCAAAUUUUGCAAAAACAAAAUGUAAUUCCCCAAACUUCUGCCCACAAGUAUAGUAUCAAAAUGUAAAAUGACAGAACAUUUGGUAAAUAAUUGAUUGCAUGUAUACUCUCAAUUGUUAGUUUGACUCUAAGAAUUGAAUACUUAUUGAAUACCAUUCAGGGGGCAGGGUUUUUGACCUACACUGCAGCCAGUCACCAAGGGGAGGUGCAGAUAUUUUGGUUUCACUUUUGCAGAGCUUUCAUUGAUCAUUCUUUAUACACAGUCUAUGGUUUUUUAAUUUUUUAUUGUUAAAAUCUGACACAUCAAUACCUGCAUGUAGUGGUUUAACAUUUAUCUCAAAACGGUUGCCAACUGUACAUUAUUGGGAUUUUAUUGCAAAAAAUCUCUGUGCUGCAGAACAAAUGGUGCACUUCUAGAUACUAAUAUAGAUAAAAUCAGGUUAACUUAAGUCUUGUUACUUAAGUUAACUUGGAAACGUACCUAACAUAAAUUUUCUGUUCAGGGCUACAAAAAUGUACAUUGCAGCUGUAGUCUUACUGAUGCAUUGUGGGAUUUGAGCUCAUCUGUUUCUUAGCCUACAGCUCUGAGCUCAGUGUAGUCUGUUGUUUCUCUGUGAACAGUUACCGACCAGCACAACUACUAAAUACACCCCCUCUGGCCAUAAUAUGUCAGAGGAAUGUGUUUUGGCUCAAAUAUUUGCCCCCAGAUUUGUGGCAGGUUUCAUUUCCAUCGGUGCAGGUUAUGUCGAAGCUUCAGAAAAGUCUUUCCUACAAUUGUGUCACAUAAAUGCAGAUUCAUAUUAGUCCUUGUUUGUUUUUUUAUGUUAAAUAUCUUGAUUCAUAUCUCAUAAAUGUCUUAAAGGGGUUACAUCCAAGUCUUUGUCAUCCUCAGGCUUCAUUCCUUGUGUGUGCAUGCCUUGUAUGCAUUGUAAGUACAGCAAUGUCCAUAUUAAUGUUAAUGUUGGACCUUAACACGCAUGUCGUCGCCUGACAUGAAACAAACAGCGUUUUCCUCCACAGCUCUUUAAAAGGACACCCGGGCAAUGAAAUAAUCACAUUGUGGUGUUAAAGAGGGGCCAGGGAGUCUUGUGACAUCUCCUGUUGUAAUCUGUAACACGGCUUUACUUCCACAUGUUGUACAUUCUGUAGUUUGACACCAAGAAAAGAAGAAAUCUGAGCACAUUUAUAACAUAUUUUCAAGUGAUUUUGUUUACAAGAGCUGUAUCCUUGCAUGAGCUGAGAUUCUUUCCAAAAAAAAAAGAAUAAAUAUCUUUAUUUACUGUCA